AUGUCGGAGGUUUGGUCCUUACCUGACUUGGCUGCUAUUAGAAAUACAGGUAAGGAAUGGCUGCUUCAUGUCCUUGACCCAUUGCCAGAAAUCGAGAGGUGCAUGCUUCUUAUGACUUUGUGGAGGAUUUGGCACAUCCGUAACGAAGUGUUACACCAUAAACCUGCGCCCCCAAUGGAAGCGUCCAGGAGGUAUUUGUCCUUAGUUACAUACGACAGGCCACUUAAAAAUCCACAUGUUCGAAUAGUUGAGAGCACUCCUGUCAAAUGGUGUCCCCCUAUGGCGGGUUGGGUGAAACUGAAUACUGAUGGGUCCUUUGCAGUAAAUGGUACGGCUGGUGCGGGGAUGGUGCUGCGAGAUGACAAAGGCGAGGAAAGCCGCCGGGACGCCAGCAGGGAGGAAGGCAAGUUCAUCGCGGCCGUGCCUGGUUUCAAGCUCCUGCCCCUUCCUCCCAACGCUCCCUGA